AAUGUAUGCAAAGGAUUAUCAGCGAGAUGUUGAUCAUUUGAUUUGCGAUUCUGUCACGGGCGUCACGGGUUUGAUAUUUGAUCUGCGUACAAAGUAUACAAAGUCUCCCCGGAGAAAGAAUUGUAGUUUAAAUAAGUGGGGGUAGAUAACUUUUAGGUUAACUCGCGGAAUAGAGCGACAAUUUACUUGCCGAGGUGACUAUAUACGCCAACUGUUUUAUCUCCGAGAUCACUCAAGAUGGUUGUCAUUGUCAAUUAAGAAUUAAGAUCACCUUUAAUAAACUUUAUAAAUAUAAAUAUAUAAGUACAUAAAUAAAAUACUUGAUAAGUACUUGGCCCAGAAAUUGAGUUCACCUGAUCAGUCAAAGCAAAGGUUUCAGUAUUAUAUCCUUUCCUAAAAAUAAAAAAAUAAAAAAAUAAAAAAAUAAUUCCUCAGUGAACAUGGAUAAAGUCUAAAUAUAAGUAACAAGUGGUGAAAAUCAGGUGAAUACUGGAUAAUAAUGAAUUUGUUUUAUAAUAAAACUAUCGAUGUCUGCUAAUAAUUUCACUAUAACCUCGAAUUAAUAUGUCAAGGCUCUUACUUCGAAUAACUGUGUUUUAUUUAUUUUAUUUAUUUUAUUUAUACGUUUGAAAUAAAAAAAAAUAUUUUAAAAACAAACAAAUAGAAUGAUGACAGACAGAAAAAGAAGUUCCUCGGUUAGUUUUACACCCGGUCGAGAAGAUGACAAAGAUGAGAUCCAAAUAUCACUGGCUCCGUAUAUACAGAAUUAUUUAGCUCAUAGCAGACAAGGUACUGGAUGCUGUGGAAUAGGUCUUCCUAUACCUUUCGAAAGAGCAGCUAGACAAUCCUGGUGGAAUCCAAAGUUUGAUUCUGAAAUUCUUGAAGAUCAGUACAGGAGAAGUGCUUUUCCUCAGCUUCGUUUGCGCUUCAGAUACGCACUGCUGUAUAUUUUAUUGACAUCACUGUCCUGGCUGACGUACUUCUCGGUAACGGGGCUGGAAAAAAACCCAGAAAUAGAUUACAGCAAGCCAUCAACAUGGCUGAUAUCUUUGAUAAUAUUUACAAUAAUAAUAGUCACAAUUUCUUCAGCUCUGGUCCUGACCUACACCAAGUACUACCGAUCAAACAUGAUGAUGACAUCCGUGGCAGUGUCGAGUCUGCUGUGUGUCCUAUCACUCUCAUUUCUGAUACUAGUACCUCCAGCCAGCGGACUGACUCUCGUAGGACACUUUGCACUCUGUGGAGAAAUAUUACUGCUUAUUUACACAGUAAUUCCACUGCCCUUGUACGCCAGUGUCGGUCUCUGUACACUCUACUCUAUUUUAUUUGAAGUCCUGAACGCAAGUUUGUACGACAAGAUCCGGUACUCGACAGAGAACGGCAGAAAUUUAAAAAUGGACUUUAGCACGACGUUGAUAAUAAGAAUUUUAAUGCAAAUAUCUAUCCACAUAAUAGGAGUUCAUAUUUUAAUUAUGACCUUCGUAAGGAUGAGAGGCACUUUCAUGAAGGUGGGGCAAUCCCUCUUGGUGCGCAAGCAGCUGGAGAUGGAAAAGCAGCUCAAGGAGAAGAUGAUCCACUCGGUGAUGCCUCCGAAGGUCGCAGACUGGUUGAUGGAAGAGAGCGAGCGGGAGAGAGAGCGUGAGGACUCUCUGAAGAAGGGCUCGAUACCCUCGAACAACACUGCCGACAUCAGGUCGCUGUUUCGUCCGUUCAACAUGCACUCUAUGGAGGACGUCAGUAUUUUAUUCGCGGACAUCGUGGGAUUCACCAAGAUGAGCUCGAACAAAACUGCUGAGGAACUUGUUGAUAUUCUGAACGAUUUGUUUGAAAGGUUUGACGACCUUUGCGUCCAACAUGGCUGCGAGAAAAUUUCCACCCUGGGUGAUUGCUAUUAUUGUGUCAGCGGGUGUCCAGAGCCGAGGUCAGACCACGCGAGGUGCUGCGUCGAGAUGGGGCUCGCGAUGAUCGAAGCGAUUAAUCAGUUUGAUAUUGAAAGAAGGGAGGGAGUUAAUAUGAGAGUUGGUGUUCACACUGGCACGGUUCUUUGUGGGAUUGUUGGAACUAAGAGGUUCAAGUUUGAUGUUUGGUCUAAUGAUGUUACUUUUGCUAAUAAACUGGAGAGCACCGGGAAACCUGGGAGGGUUCAUAUUAGUGAAAAGACUUUGAGCUUUUUGGGAGAGGAAUAUUUGACUGAGCAAGGUGAUUGCGUCAAGGGAGUCAAGACUUACUUCAUAAGAGCAAGAAAAACAGAUUUGAUAAAUCAGUUUAUGACAAGUGUAACAGCACCAACGAGCUAUUCGCCGUUUAUCAACGCCAGACAGCGUCUUGCGUCUUGCAAUAAUCAGUCCAAAGGAAAACAUUACCUCCAUAUGGUGACAAACGCCAAUAGUCAUAAAAUAAAAGCCAACUCCUUGCCGAGUAUCCUGGACUCUGAAAAUGAUUAUGAUGAGGAGAACGACAACGACAAUGACAGCGAUAGGAAGGAAGAUGUCAAUAAGAGUCCGCUGUCUACUGCAAGUUGUGGGAAAAAAAAGUCAAAAAAGCCCUGGAGAUAUUUGCAUAGACAGAGAACUACCGGGGACAUGGAUAUGAGACGCUCCGAAUCCAAAGAGUCUGAGGAGCGUAAUGGAUUCAAUGGAGUUGUAGUCGAGGGCAUAGAAAUGGACCCAAAUCCAGCACCAGCUAGCCCUCUGUUACCCCGUGAUGAUGUAAUAAGUCAUCACUCGUCAUCGAUUUGCAGCAGAAAAGACUCCGGAAUACGCAGCAACAGCCGCAGAAGUAGUAUACAACAGCAGCUGUUUCUUAUGAAUGGAAUGGCCCAAGGAGACUUACUAGGUCACCGAGUCAGCGGUUAUUACACCUCAAGCUCGACAUUAAAUUCACUUCAAGAUCCUCCGUCAUCAGCGCCGAAUUUUCCAUUUCCGCCAAUUCUUACCGAUACAUUCGGCGUUUGUUUUCAUAAAUUACGCAAACAAUCUGAUCUUCAAUUAAUAAGAUGCGUUCAAGACAAUGUGAGCUCCCAGAGCUCUUAUUUCGUGACUCCACCACUAUCAACAGUAACUCUCUUCUUUAAAAACAAAGAAAUGGAAAAAGAGUACCGCGAGAAUGCCCACAAGGCAUCUGAAUCCCUAGGAGACAGCCCACCAACCCUAGCAACGGCGAGAUUCAACACUUACUUCGACAUUUUAGUAUCAGCGAUAGUCUACACAGCAAUAACUAUUUCCCUAUUUCUGCUCGGAAAGCCAACGAUCUACUUCAUAGUCUUCAGCGUUAUCGCGACUCUAAUUCAGGUGUCUGUCGUGGUGCUCUGCAUUCGCCAACUAGUAGACCCUUACUCGAUCUACGCGACUUACACCCAAAUGAUAUUCAGAUUUUUCACGCGGUGGUACCCUUGGCACGGCUGUGGCGCUCUUCUAGUCGGCUUACCAAUAAUCUCCAUUCUGCUGAACUUGUGCUGUAGCAACAGCUACCGGGUAAUGCUGAUAAACUUCGAGUAUUACUACAGCUACCUCAUGUUCGUCGGUCUGAUCCACUUUUGCAAUUUCACCCAGUUGAAUUGUUGGAUGAAAAACUUUCUGGUGACUCUCUCGGCUAUAUUAUUUAUCACUCUAGUUGUCAGUAAUAUUACCGUCAGUACUUAUCUAAUUAAAAAUGAUAUUUCUCAACACAAAUCUCUCAAUGGAUUGAAUCUCAGUUUCAAUCAAGUAAAAAGAUUACCACGAGAUAUUAUACCGAUAGUCCCUGUAGCGAAUGAUAUUGAAGUUACUGACAAAAUAUUACCCACAAUAACAACAACAACAACAGUAAUUACUCAUCAAAGUAAUGUAAUUAAUGACUCAACAACUUUAAAACCAAACUCAGACGAGAUAAUAAUCUCCCGAAGAUCUGAUUCUUACAAUGAACGUUUGUACAAACAAGAAAUAUUCCUAGAUAUUAUGUUGCUGUUAUUUUUAGUUUGGUUUUUAAACCGAGAGUUCGAAAUAAGCUACCGGUUGAGUUUUCACGGCAACGCGGUAGCUGCGGGAGAUAAAACCCGGGUCCAAGCAAUGAAGAACCAAGCCGAUUGGCUUCUGCACAACAUCAUCCCCAAGUACGUAGCCGACCAGCUUAAAACGACUGCUAAAUACUCGCAAAAUCACAAAUCCGUCGGGAUUAUCUUCGCGAGCAUAGUCAACUUCAACGAGCUGUACGAUGAAUCCUAUUUGGGAGGUAAAGAGUACCUGAGAGUGCUCAACGAGCUGAUAGGAGACUUCGAUGAGCUGCUCGAGAAACCCGAGUUCAGCAAUGUCGAAAAGAUAAAAACAAUUGGCAGCACUUUCAUGGCCGCCAGCGGACUCAAUCCGCAGGUUAGGCAGCAAAAUAAACAUGAGUAUUACCACUUGUUUCAGCUGAUAGACUUUGCUAUGGCCAUGCAGAAGGUCAUUUAUGACUUCAACAGAGACUUGCUGGGGUUUAAAUUGAUUUUGAGAGUCGGGUUUAAUUAUGGAGACGUUACUGCGGGAGUUAUUGGCGCUACUAAGCUGUACUAUGAUAUUUGGGGCGAUGCUGUUAAUAUCGCUUCGAGGAUGGAUUCUACUGGUGUACCCGGGAAGAUUCAAUUUGCGAGCAAUUGUGUGGAUGUUUUGAGCGAAAAGUACGAGUUUGAACCCCGUGGGCAGGUUUAUGUCAAAGGCAAAGAUAAUAUGGACGUUUUUUUACUGUCUAAAAAGAAAUCUGAUGAUAUUAACGGCACCGGGGUUAUUUGAGGUUCGCUUAGACCUUCGGAAUAUCGAAGGAACUCUGUUUUUAAGUAUGUCAAGGUUAAACUUGACCAAGCGGGGAUACUUAUGUAUUUAUGUGUAGGCAGUAGGCAUUAUGUUAAAGAAGAAUUUGUUUAAUUUCAUUUAAAUGAGCAGUUUUGUGCCGUAUUUUUAUUGAUAAAUUAUUUUUUUACGGGUUAGUUUUUCAAGGUUGUAUAUAAGUAGUUCAGACUAUACUAAACUAUAAUACUAUUGUAGAAAAUUUUUAAACAAGAAAUCUAAAAACACGGCAUUGAGUUUGUUAUACAUAAAAGAUAAUUAAACUGAAAUAAUUUUUUACUGCUCAAGACUUUACACAACGGCGGACUAUCAUCUGAGGUAGUCUCUGUAUCUGACUGCAAACAAACGAAGAAUACAAAGUGUAAUUAUAUAUUAUCAAUUGAUAUUUAUUUUGAGAUAUUUUUUAUUGAAAAACUAUUUAAAGUGGAUAAAUUUUUAUUUAACUGAUACUAAAUCCGCUUAUCGCAAGUACAAAAUACGAGAGAGAGAGAGCGAGAGUGUGAAUAAGAGAGAGAGAGAGAGAGAGAGAGAGAAAAUCUAAUAAUAUAGAGAAAAUUUAAAUGUUUAUAAGUUAUGUAUUUUUGCUUUAUUUAUUCCGACCGAUUCCGAUGGAUAGUUAUUAUUUUAAGUCUCUCGUAUCAAAGCAUGCUGCACAAGAUUACGAAGUAACAAACAUUCAUCGAAAUAGAUAAAAAUUUUAUUUACCGUGGAAUUAUGCCGUAUUUUAAUUAUAUAUAGAUAUAUCAAUCUUAUAUAGAUAUGUAUUUAUAUCGUCUAUGUAUACUUGUUUUAAUAGUAAGUAAGAUAUUGAAUUUUUGAAAUUGUAUUAACUUACAAUCGUGGACAUUAAUUUAAGUAUGUUUUUAAGUUUACUGGAAAAUAGCCAUUUU